CUCGCAGAUACUAUAUAGGCAAUGACCCAUUCCUCUCCCAUAAACCUUCAUCACUUUCUCUGAGAAACACAGACGUACUCAGUUGAGACCCGGAUACAAAUUACUUUAUUGGGUCUCGUUCUACACACUUCAAGAGUUCAAGGUAAUUGGUAUCCCUUUGGGACCUGGAAAUGGGAGCUGGAAGGAAGACAGAACCCUUUACUAUGGCUCCUAAACCAGACCUGGCAGCUUACACUGCACCUGCAAGAAAAUUGAGAACUGAUCACCUUGGGGGAGUUAUCUUUGGUUGCAAGAUCAACACAAUGAUGGAGUGUCUAUCUAAACAACUCUUUGGUUUACCGGGUGCACACUAUAUAUAUGUGAAGAAUAUUAGUCCUGGCUUGCCACUAUUUCUCUUCAACUAUACUGAUAGGAAACUUCAUGGAAUUUAUGAGGCUGCUAGCUAUGGGCAAAUGAAUAUUGAUCCAUAUGGUUGGACAACUGAUGGAUCAGUGAGAACACAAUAUCCUGCACAGGUUCAGAUUCGUGUCCGGCUGCAGUGCCAACCACUGCUUGAAAGUCAGUUUAAACCGAUUAUUGCAGACAAUUACUACAGUCCACAUAAAUUCUGGUUUGAGCUUGAUCAUGUUCAGACAAACAAGCUGAUGUCUUUAUUAGCAUCUUGUGCGAUUGCUCCAGGUACUCCUAUACAGCAGAAAAUACCAAACAGGAAGACCAAUCUUCCAAUGCAACCGUCAUGUAAGACAACAGUGGAAGCUCAGUGGUUUAAACCACUUACUUCAGGGGCUACAACGCUAGUUGGAAACUACAUGUCAGAUGUGAAAGAGGCUGAACAAGAAGAGCAGCAGCUCAUAUGCAUGAAACUGAAAGAGUUGUCUCUUCAAUGUGAUCUCAACAGUCAAUGUCAAAACGUGCCUUUGUCGAUAGAUUUUAAAGAUAGUGCUAUUGUUGAUGCAACGCUGGUAGCAGUCAAUUGGAAUCCAACCGGACCAUUGGGUUUAGGGGAUAUGAGGGUAGCGAAGUCUCAUUCCUGGUCUGAGAAGAGUGGAGGGAGUGCUUCCUCAUUGUCUGCGCUGAGUCCUCGAUCCUCAUCUGAUCAGUCACGGAUUGAUAAGUUGGUUCAAGAGGUAGAAGAGCUAAAGGCUUUCAGGAAUGAACAGAGCAAGAUGAUUGGCAAUUUGGAGCAUAAGCUGGACCUGGCAGAGUUUGAAAUCAAACAGUUAAAAGAUGCUAUGAAGUUGGAAUCUGAGUCUACACGAUCCCCUGCACAUGUUGAUGAAAAGCAGGCUGUGUCUGAUGUUCAGUUAAAAGACGGUGGGAAGUUGGAAUCCAAGUCUGUACUCAUCACACAAGAGAAGGAUAUUGUAUCGUGUGAUAUGCUGGAUUUGGAUCCUAAGGAGUCAAUAUAUCUAUUCGGAGGAUAUGAUGGUAAAUCAUGGUUAUUGUCGUGGGAUUCUUAUUAUCCUUCUCAAGAUGUGAUAAAAUCUCUCGGACCAAUGAUCUCAGUUCGUGCAUAUGCUUCUGUUGCCAAACUAGAUGGUGAUAUUUAUGUGAUUGGAGGUGGUGAUGGUGCUGUGUGGUACGAUACAGUUGAAUCAUACUGCCCUGCUGACAACCAAUGGAAAGUUUGCCCUUCUUUAAGAGAGAAAAAGGGGAGCUUAGCUACAGCUACCGCAAACAACAAAAUCUUUGCAAUGGGUGGAGGCAAUGGAUUUGAAUGCUUUUCUGAUGUUGAGAUGCUAGAUAUUGAUGUUGGUCGAUGGAUCCGUACGCAGUCGAUGCUAGAAAAGAGAUUUUCUGUUGCCGCAGCAGAAUUGAACGGGGUACUGUAUGCUACUGGAGGCUUUGAUGGAAAGGAUUAUUUGAAGUCGGUUGAUAGGUUUGAUCCAAGGGAGCAUAGCUGGAAGAAAGCUCCUUGCAUGACAUUAGAAAGGGGUUCCCAUUCAUUGGUUGCAUUGAAUGGAAAAUUGUAUGCUCUGGGUGGUUAUGAUGGAGAUUCUAUGGUGUCGAGUAUAGAAAUUUUUGACCCACGCCUCGAGUCAUGGAUGCCUGGGGAACCAAUGAACCACGCUAGAGGAUAUGCAGCUGCGGCUGUUGUCAAUGAUGCCAUCUAUGUAAUUGGAGGAGUGAAAGAGGAUACCAUGAUUGCAGAGACUGUUGAGUGCUACAGGGAGGGCCAAGGUUGGCGAGAAAUGAAUGGGUUGACUAGCAAAAGGUGCUUCCUAUCGGCCAUUGCUCACUCAGACUGAUCAAGAUGUUACUUGCAGUUAUAUCUGGUUGCAAACUCGUUGCCCAUCAAAUAUGUAAUAGAGGAGCAUGAACAUGCUAGGUGCUUAUAGUGAGGUCUUUUGUGAUUUUAGGUGUUUUUUUUUUUUGGCAAAUCAAGAUGGUGUCUUGGGGAUCAAUGCAGUAAGAUCCAUCUUGAGAAAAGGUCCGGUGGUGGAUUGGAAACCAGAAGUAUCAAAGAUCUCAAUGCUU